ACCAGCUUGGCUGCCUCCGUCCCUCGGUUCCAAAGGGAGCGGGGGAAGGAAGCGACGGAGGCGGCGGCGGAAGAGGGGCGGCCGCCAAGACGGACUUCCUGUGGGACAAGCGCACCGGGCUGGCGGCCAAGAGGAUGCCUCAUUCCAGAAGGUGCCGCUCUUCGGAACGCAGCAGCCGGGGCAGCUACCACGAACGUUACAGAAGCCGCAAGCACAAGAGGAGGCGGAGUCGCUCGCGGUCGAGCAGCAGCGACCGGCAGCACCGCAGGGAAGACAGCUAUCAUGUCCGCUCUCGGAGCUACGAUGACCACUCGUCUGAUAGGCGAGCCUACGACCGGCGGUACUGUGACGGCUACCGGCGAGAUGGCUACAGUCGCGAGCGGGGUGAAGCCUAUUACGAGGCCGAGUACAACCAUUCCUACGAGUACCAGCGUUCCCGGGACAGAGAAUGCAGCUACCGCAGCUGCAAGAGUAGUCGGCGGAAGCGCCGGCGGAGACAUCGCCGCUCCUUCAGCCGUUCUUCAUCGCGGAGUCAGCAGAGCAGCAGGAGGGCCAAGAGCGUGGAAGACGACGAAGAAGGCCACCUCGUCUAUCGCAUCGGCGACUGGCUCCAAGAAAGAUACGAGAUCAUCAGCACCCUUGGAGAGGGCACGUUUGGCCGAGUGGUGCAGUGUGUGGAUCACCGCAGGGGUAACACCCGUGUGGCUUUAAAAAUAAUCAAGAACGUGGAAAAAUACAAAGAGGCCGCUCGCUUGGAGAUUAACGUGCUGGAGAAAAUAAACGAGAAGGAUCCAGACAACAAGAACCUGUGUGUGCAGAUGUACGACUGGUUCGACUACCACGGGCACAUGUGCCUGUCCUUCGAGCUUUUGGGUCUCAGCACCUUUGACUUCCUGAAAGAUAACAAUUACCUGCCUUACCCCGUCCACCAGAUCCGGCACAUGGGCUACCAAGUGUGCCAGGCAGUGAAAUUUCUGCAUGAAAACAAGCUCACCCAUACGGACCUCAAGCCGGAAAACAUCCUCUUUGUCAGCUCAGAUUACGAGAUGAACUACAACGUGGAAAAGAAGCGAGAUGAGCGAUGUGUCAAGAACACAGCCAUCCGAGUGGUCGAUUUCGGCAGCGCCACCUUUGACCACGAGCACCACAGCACCAUCGUCUCCACGCGGCACUAUCGGGCACCCGAGGUUAUUCUAGAACUUGGCUGGGCCCAGCCGUGUGACGUCUGGAGUAUCGGCUGCAUCAUCUUUGAGUAUUACAUGGGCUUUACCUUGUUUCAGACCCACGAUAACCGCGAGCAUCUGGCCAUGAUGGAGCGAAUCCUGGGGCCCAUCCCAUCCCGCAUGACUCGGAAGACCAGGAAGCAGAAAUACUUUUACCAUGGCCGGCUGGACUGGGAUGAAACCACCUCCGCUGGGCGCUACGUGCGGGAAAACUGCAAGCCCCUUCGGAGGUACCUGGCGUCCGAGGCCGAGGAUCACCAUCAGCUUUUCGAUCUCAUCGAGGGCAUGUUGGAAUACGAGCCGGCCAAGCGGCUCACUUUGGCCGAGGCCCUGAAGCAUCCUUUCUUCGACCCCCUGAAGCUUCAACCUGUACCCAAAGCCUGGGACGCCAGCAGGGACAUCAGCCGGUGACCAGAACAGAUGUGGCCCUUCGCCUCUUCUGUCUCCUUGUUCCCAGCACAUUUUGGCCCCUGUGGAGGCUCUUGCAACGUUAUGUGAUCAUGCAUUUUGGUGCUCUUUUAAAAGAAAGAAAAAUACAGAAGAGUUCCUGGCACGACUUCGCCCCAGGUUCCCUUUUGUUAUCAUCAUGUAAAGCUUGUUAAUAUGUAAGAUAGUGUGUAUAUACAACAUACGGCAAAUCCUGUGGGAUCCCCCCCCCCUCCACCCCAAUUCUGUAAAUGCAGAUUUCUUGGUCUUAGGCCCCCCUCCUCUGGUUCUUCUGUACAUACCCCUAACCCCUCCCUCUUUGCAAAGUGCCCCCCUUCCCACCCCAUGUAAGUUAUAAGGCUGGUGGGAUCCCCCCCCCCCCCAAGGAAUUAUUUUUGGAUAAGAGCCCAUUCCAGCGCGAGAAUUUUAUACGGAUUUUGUACAGUCUUUGUGAGAAAUAAACUGCUACAUGAAUUAA